AUGUUCAAACAAUUAAACGGAGCAUUGAUGGCAUAUGACGUAAAUAAUAGAAAUUCUUUUGAAGAUACUCAAAAAUGAAUAAAAAUCAUUGAAGAUAACGCACCAAAAGAUACUGCUAUCAUAUUUGAAGAUUAUUUGAUCAAAAAUGUUUCCAGGCUUUUUCUCAGGCUUUGGUUGAAUUUUUUUCUCUUAGGACUUAUCGGGAAUUUAGAGACUUACCCAUGUCUGAUGGAAAAAAAUCCUCCAGAGCUGGGGAAAUGUCUGAAAGGGAAAUACCAAUGAGGAAAACAUUAUGAAACUAAUCAUAUUAGUUGCUAAUAAAUACGAUCAGCCUAUAACAGUUUCUGAAAGAGAUGGGAAGUCUUUGGCUGACUUUUAUAAAAUUAAUCUUAUAUUAGCAUGCGCAAAGAUGGGAGAUAAUGUUGAGGCGCUUUUAAAGAAAUGAUAA